AUGGACAUUAAUUGGCCUUCGCAUUAAUCUCAAUAGAGUUUCUUCUGCUGAAAGUCACACCUACUCUUGUCACAACACAACACAACAGAAGUCGCAGCAGUACACUCAGCGGUGCUAUGCAUGCGGGACCGAGAAAGUUUUCUGAGAUUGUUUUGUUAUUUAUGUCGCUCAACAUAGGAUUGCAGGAUGAACAGGGGCCGGGGAGUGAGAAAAAGAACUGCACCAGAAAAUGCCCCUGAAACCUUUGAUGAGGGGAUACUUGCAGAGGUGCAGGAGCUCUUCAGCAAGGUCAAAGCAUAUGUUCCUCCUGCUGGAGGAGAAUGGACCUUGCCUGACCCGAGUGUGGUGCUCUGUGAGUCUAAUGUGAGUCACCCACGUUUGCAGGUCCUAAAACAAUCACUCAAUGAAGUGAAGAAUCUACUCAGCGAUAAGGACCUCUCGAUAUGGCACCAGCACACUUGUUCCACCAACCGAGCAGGCACCGUUACAGCCCAUCUUCGAUCCACUGCCAAUGCAGAGCUAUGCACCCAGGCUUGGGCCAAGUUCUAUGAGAUCCUGGGCUCCUUUCAGCUUUUACAUGAAAAUGCAUUAAAAAGUUGUGAGUUGAACUCCAUACAUCUAUGUGAAGCCCCUGGUGCCUUCAUAUCUGCUCUAAAUCACUUCCUGAAGGCGAAUCGCCUGCACUGUGAUUGGAACUGGAUUGCCAAUACACUAAAUCCAUACUACGAAGCAAAUGGCCGUGGUUGCACCAUUACUGAUGACAGACUUAUCACGCACACCCUCCCUUGGUGGUUCUUUGGUUCUGACAACACCGGGGACAUUUUGCUCCAGAAGCAUCUGCUGGAACUGAAGAGUUUUGUUAGUAACAUGUCUACUGUACAUUUGGUUACGGCAGAUGGAAGCUUUGACUGUCAGGGGGACCCUGGGGAGCAGGAGAGCUUAGUUGCCCCGCUACAGUAUUGCGAAGCUGUGUGUGCUCUGCUGCUGUUAGGGAUUGGAGGCUCGUUUGUUCUAAAGAUGUUCACGUUGUUCGAACACUCAUCCAUCUGUCUGCUUUAUCUGCUGGCUUGCUGCUUCCGUUCAGUCAACGUCUUCAAGCCGGGGACCAGCAAAUCUGGAAAUUCAGAACUUUAUAUAGUGUGUUUGGACUAUCAGCCCAAAGAGUCAGUACGACCGUUGCUCUCAAAGUUAAUCCGUAAUUACGGGCCAAAUUUGGCAUCCACAACAGCCCUCUUUCCCCACCACUGCAUUCCAAAAUCAUUUCUUAGUCAACAUGAAGAGAUAUGCAAUUAUUUCCACGCAUUGCAGGUUGGUACAAUUCAGGAGAACCUCUGGCUUUUUUCACACAUGAGUGUAGAACAGCGCAGGCAUUUGGACCAGCUCAGGGAAUGUACUGCAGAUUUUUAUUCAAAACGUUUUAACAUUCAGUACCUCCCACGGAAAAGCUGGGUUUGCCGUGGCGGUGUGGCCAGAUGGGUAAAGCCCAGCGAGAGGAAGCAAAUGGGCUCUUUCAAUCAGCGCAAAGAGAUGCAGCUUCAGGGAUGGAAGCAGCGUCUUGCUCAAGGAAAUCAUGGGGGAUUCAUUGAAGGGCACCACGUGGGGAUGGAAGGUUGUGAGAUGGUAUUAAGCGGCCCAAUGGAUGAGUGUGAUUUGGGAAUCUGGUUUGUCCUUGAGGGAGCUGCCUUACCAAAAGUGUGCAGUUCCACCUUCUGUGAUCAAGAAUUGCUCGACUUUUUGAACGAAGCUCUUGAAGAGAACCUAAAGCUAAACAAACCGAAUAUUAUGCCAACAUGUGGCUCCUGCAGCAUUGACUCCCCUGUAGACAUCUUAUCUCAGAUUUGCAGCCUUCCCGAUGUAGCAUCUUGUUUAGUGCUGGGUAGCCGGUCAUGGUGUGACAGAACACUUGAAGGAGUUAAGUUUCAGCCAGAUUUCCCUCAAGAAUCGUUCCGCUGUGAAGUACAGGAUUCCACAUUGCACGACGGACAGCCAGACUUUCAGCUUUGGCUUCUGCACGGUGUGUUUUCUGCUCUGAAGGAGCAGAAGCAGGGGUCAGCCCUGGUGAUACCAUUAUGUUCGGCCUUCACACGUUUCACCGCUGGUCUGGUGUUUACGCUCCACCUGUGCUUCCGGUACAUCACAUUCCGUUGCUCAUCCAGUUGGCCUCCAGGUGCACUUUUGUGCAUGGAGUUCUUGCCACCAUCAGUCCUACCCCAGCUUCUGGACAUUCUUUGGGACGUGAUGGAGACAAUGAGGAAAAUCAAACCUGAGGAGGGAAGGCAGGUUUUGCAGUUUGUAUCUUUGGAGGAGCUUCUGAAAGGGUCAUUACCUCGCUUCCUGUCGUCUUUCAACACCGCUGUAGUAAGGCAGCAUCUGCAUGCUCUUAUGCAGGUUGACUAGGGCAAUUAGUUCAUUAGCCCCAGGGUGUAUAGUUUUCAGUUAAACUGUAUUGUAAUUAAGCCUUAGUUUACUCAGAUUGCAGUCAUAGCCCAGUUUACCAGUGUCAUAGAGGGUUUUUAGGUUAAGAGCGCAGACUUCCUUCGAUGUAUUAUGUUGUGUUUUGGAUUAUAAUGGGUGGUAUUAUACUGGGGAGAGAAGUUUGUUUUGAUUAUGCUGUAGAGGUUAUAUUUCUUAUAUUUAUAAGACUGCAUGUACAGUUGUACAGAAAUGUUUCUCUUAAUAUUUAUGUUUCAGUAUGUAUUAUUUUAACACCUGAAGAUGAUUUUCAGUCGUGCCUCAGUUAUUAAAACCUUUUCUUAAUGAA